UUUAAAACCAUGUUAAAAAUUUGUAAAAUUCUUUUUUAGGAAAAUACAGCUAAUUGCAGACCCAAAUCCAGAUUUUAAUGCUAACACAUUUUAUUGAACCUAGAUUCUAUGGGACCUUAAUCCCUAUUUAGCAUUUUUAAUGGAUUAAAAUGUAACAUAUAAUGUCUUCUGGUGGUUUUAUCAAAUUCUUAUCCAAUAAUUUGAAUACCUUUGAUGAAAUUGAAAUAACAGAAUCUCUCGUUUUAUUUUUUUUUCUAGAAAAUUUGUACCAUACCAUACUCCCCAAUUUGAAGGAGUUUUCCAUAGUUGAUAACUCAACUUUUGAAUCUUUAACCUCCAAUUCAAUAUUUGUAAAUUCAAAUUGUACUUACACAUCAUGUAUACUAUUUUCUGAAGGCAAUUUAUUGUUAACAGGACUACAGAAGGAGUUUAUUAAGGUUUUAUUAAACUCUAAAUUACCAAGAAAUGAGGAAGUUCUCGUUUUGUUUGAUUUACUUCGGAUUUUCUACUCAAGUGAAGAUGGGAACCAUUAUAUGCUAGUUUCAGAAUCUGUAUUAUCUGGGAUAAUUAAGAAAUUCAGUUCUAUUUUGGAAAAUGAUGAAUUGAAAUCCUGCUCAAAAGAUACUCUUGCACUGGCUAAAUUCAAGAAAUACCUUAAUCUAGUUGGGACCAAGAGGUUUUUGGGUGAAAUAAGUAGACUAAACGAACUUAGAGGGUCUACGUAUAACUUAAUUAUAAUAUCUAUAUGUUUCUUCUUACUUCACAUAAACCCAUCUUUUAGCGGUGUUACUAAAAGGAUACCUAAAUACCUAAACAAGUGUAACAAAGGUGACCUGUUCAACUGUGCCCUAAUAGUCAACAAUUUAAUCAGGUGGAACCCAAAGGAUUCGGGGCUUUGGGAAAUAAAGUCAAUCUUGACUGAAUUUUGGUUUAGAAAAUUUAAUAUAAGAAGGAGUCGACUGUUGGUUUCAAAGGGUUUGUUUUCGCCAAAAUCCUUAGAAUCAGGAAAUAUACUUUACAAACUUCUCAUGAAACUCAUUUACAAGUUAUUUACUGAUCCUUUGCUUUUGUUAAACAAGUCAUUUAUAGAGGAGAUUUUAUUCAUCAAACCCUUCAAUAACUGUGUUUCAACUUACUUAAGACAUGAAUAUAACUCUGUAGUUAACAAUGUAGUUCCAAUUUUCACAGAAAGAUUGGAAAAGAUUAACAUUAAUUUUGUAUAUUAUAACAAGUUUAGAGAGUUUAAAUACAUGGACGUUAAGACAAGGUACACAAUCACCCUAUCUAACUCCAUUUUCAAGUUGUUUUCAAGGUUUUACAUUAGAUUACUGAGAAACUUUAGCUUCCCAAACAUCUUUAUUCUUUUGGUGAAUUUGAUCAAGGAAAGAACUUACGCAAGAUUAUCCUCUAGUGUAAUAUGCUUCAACGAUUUGUUCAUGAGUAGUUUCCUGUACACAAGAGUGGAUGAAGAUUUUGAAGGUGUUUUAAGAUUAUGUGACGAAAUGAUUACCAAGGAUGCAGAAAACGUUUGGAUUGACAAUAAAUCAAAGCUGUUGUUUAACUUAGUUGAUUUCAAAACACUUCUCAGACCGUUUUAUUUUAAUCAUGAUUUGGUUAACUUGAUUUUCAAAUUUAGGCUUGUUUUGAUCCUUAAUGAGUAUUUUUCAACUUGGUUCACCUUUACAGAUUUGCUUGAUAUUUUCUGUGACACUAGUGUUCUUAACAGAUCCGUUAAAAUUAAUAAAAGGGGAAAUAAAAGAAAAAAGUCUAAGACCAAGUUGGUGGAUCAUGAGAUUGAUGAGUAUAAGUCUGAAUCAAUUCAAAUUAGAAAGGUUAUAAAUGAGGAAGGUUUCCAGAAUGAGUUUGGCCAUAUGGAUGGAUAUGGGUUUGGAAAUGUUAGAUACAUUUAUCUGGACUCUAAAAGAAUAUGUAAGAUGUUUAGUGACUUACAAAUUGACUUGAUUUUAAACUCUUACAACCAGCUUUUGUAUAUUCUUUAUCAUCUGUUUCGUAAUAUUAGAAAGUUGAACAAAAGCCUGAGCUACGAUUUAGACCUUGGAAGCUUCAAGCUUCUUUUCGAAGCUAUAUUGUUGGCUUCCAAGUAUUCAAGAUGUGUUCCUAAUCUCGGUACUAAAGUCGACGUUCUGGUAGGAGUCAACAUGAUAAAGAAAAUGAAUAGGUUCUAUAAAUUAGUGUUUUUUAAGUAUGGAAAACUAUUAAGUGUAAAUGAACAUGUACCAUAUUAUUUAGAUUGUGCUGUGGCCAAAUUGGCUCUAUUGAUUCUCUCUCCACUUUUCAGGUUCUACACACACUGGGUGAUUUCAUCUCAGGCGAAGCUUGAGCUUCUAUAUAGACAAGUAUUAAAAUUGAAAUAAUAUUAUGCGCUCUUCUUGUACUCGUAUAGUUUAGAAGAGCAAAGUCUAGAAAUUUUGUGAACUUCAAUUAAGUGGUAUGAACGGCGUUCCAACUUCUCGCAUAGAGAAAUGUAAACCUUCUGUAGAUCAAUUUGUAAAUUAUAAAUCUUCUCAUAUAAUAGUUUUAACCUCUUGUAAUUGGAGUCAAUAGCCUGCAAAAGCGCAGAUUGGUUACUACCAAUAACACCGAAAUGUUUAGUUUGGUUCCUAGAGUCGUUAAGUUGAAUUUUCAACUUCUCCUCAGUCAAGUACCUUGCCUGGUUCUUAUUAACAAUCUCGUCCCUGAGUUUUGAGAUUUUGGUUAAAGUGUUAUACAAAUCCUUCCUAUAUAAUUCCUCUUGAGACAGCACAGACGGGCCCUUGCCUUGAUAAUUAGGAGGAAAAUCCUUUAAAUCGUAAUAAAGAAGACAAAAGUUGUCAACCAUCGGAGGGCCGGAAUCAUAAUUAGGUGACGACUCCAUGGAAUCAAUUUAAUCUAUAUUAAAGAAUUAAUUAAAAUUAAGGGGAAUCCAUAUUUUAAAUAUUAAUGUCA